CGCAGAUGACACACGCAGAGGAGGAGGUGACUGGGAUUACAGCAGCGCUUUAACAUUAAACCAUCAUAUCAGAUCAACAUGGGAAAUACGGACUCAAAGCUGAAUUUCAGAAAGGCGGUGAUACAGCUGACCACAAAAACGCAGCCUGUAGAGGCCACAGACGAUGCGUUCUGGAAUCAGUUCUGGGCCGACACCGCCACCACCAUGCAGGAUGUGUUUGCCCUGGUGCCUGCUGCUGAGAUCCGAGCUGUUCGGGAGGAAUCACCCUCCAAUCUGGCAACACUGUGUUAUAAGGCUGUGGAGAAGUUAGUUCAAGGUGCCGAGUCUGGCUGCCCCACAGAGAAGGACAAGCAGAUCGUGCUGAACUGUACUCGUAUGCUCACUCGGAUCCUGCCUUACAUUUUUGAGGAUCAGGACUGGAGAGGGUUCUUCUGGUCCACUGUACCUGGUGCCGGCAGAGCAGGGUUGGAUGAUAUGGAGGAUGAUGAAGAAGGAGCUCGUCCGCUGGCGGAGUCUCUCUUACUGGCUCUGGCUGAUCUUCUCUUCUGUCCAGAUUUCACAAUUCACAGUCACAAGAGAGCAAGACCUGACUCGGUUGAGGACAUGCAGUCUCUGGAUAGCUGCGAGUAUAUCUGGGAGGCUGGAGUGGGCUUCGCUCAGUCCCCCCCGCUCAACUAUGUCCAUGAUCUCAACAGGGCUGAGUUGUUGAGGUUACUGCUCACCUGUUUCUCAGAGGUCAUGUACCUACCACCAACAUCAGAUAACAGUAUUCUCAACCCCUGGGUCACAUUCUUCUGUUCCACUGAAAACAGACAUGCUCUGCCUCUGUUCACCUCGCUGUUGAAUGUGGUGUGUGCGUAUGACCCGGUGGGUUACGGCAUCCCCUACAACCACCUGCUGUUCUCAGACUACCGUGAGCAGCUGGUAGAGCAGGCCGUUCAGAUACUCAUCGUCACCCUGGAGCAUGAGGGCACACAGCCGUACCGUCCCCCCUCCCCCUCCAUCAUAGAGGACCAGGAUUCUACUGGUCCAAAUAACCUCUUCGUGAAUUACCUGUCAAGAAUUCACAGGGAGGAGGAUUAUGAUUUUGUUCUGAAAGGCCUGGCACGCCUGCUGACCAACCCUCUCACUCAAACGUACCUGCCCAACUCAACCAAAAAGAUCCAGUUUCACCAGGAACUGCUGGUGCUUUUCUGGAAACUCUGUGACUUCAACAAAAAGUUCCUGUUCUUUGUGCUUAAAAGCAGCGAUGUGUUGGACAUAUUAGUGCCUAUACUCUAUUACCUGAAUGAUGCCCGAGCUGACCAAUCACGGGUCGGUCUCAUGCACAUCGGUGUGUUUAUUCUGCUGUUGUUGAGUGGAGAGAGGAACUUCGGUGUGCGUCUGAAUAAGCCGUAUUCUCUCCACGUGCCCAUAGACAUCCCUGUGUUCACCGGCACACAUGCUGACCUGGUCAUCGUGGUUUUCCACAAGAUAAUAACCAGUGGCCAUCAGCGGUUACAGCCGCUCUAUGACUGCCUGCUCACUAUCGUGGUGAAUGUGUCUCCCUAUCUGAAGAGUCUUUCCAUGGUGGCAGCCAACAAGCUCCUUCAUCUCCUGGAGGCGUUCUCCACAAACUGGUUCCUGUUCUCGGCUCCUCAGAACCAUCAUCUGGUCUUCUUCCUGCUGGAGGCCUUCAAUAACAUCAUUCAGUAUCAGUUUGAUGGUAACUGUAAUUUGGUGUACACCAUCAUUCGUAAGCGCAAUGUUUUCCAUCAGCUGGCCAACCUACCCUCUGACACCGCCUCCAUCCAUAAGGCGCUGCAGAGGAAGAGGAAGUCACCUGACAUCAUCUCUCGCACCAGCUCACAGGAGACCGUGUCCAUGGAAGGCUCUCGGCCAGCUGUGCCCGCUGAGCCGGGCACACUGAAGGCCAGUCUGGUAGCCAUACCAGGCAUCGACAAACUGACAGAGAAGUCACAGGUUUCAGAGGAUGGUACCAUGGUAACCGUGCCAGGAUCACCACAGACCCUUGAACACAGUGGGACAGCCGGAGCCAGCGACACUGAGUCCAUCUCAGGACGAGACAAUGAGGACGUGUUCUACACUGAAGCAGAGAUGGCGAGGAGACGUCUGUCAAGCACAUCAUCUUCUGUCAGCCCCUGGAAUCCCAAACUAGACUGGGUCCUGUCCUGGAAGAACAAACUCCCUCUGCAGACCAUCAUGCGUUUACUGCAGGUGCUGGUACCACAGGUGGAGAAGAUCUGCAUUGACAAAGGUCUGACAGAUGAAUCCGAGAUCCUAAAGUUUCUUCAGCAUGGCACUCUAGUGGGUCUGCUGCCUGUACCACACCCGAUUCUCAUCAGGAAGUAUCAGGCCAAUGCAGGAACUGCCAUGUGGUUCCGUACAUACAUGUGGGGAGUCAUCUACCUGCGUAAUGUGGAUCCACCCAUCUGGUAUGACACUGAUGUGCGUCUCUUUGAGAUCCAGCGGAUGUAAAAAGUUAAGAGCUUUAACCUGUUGGUCCCUCUGAACCUGCAGAUUCAUCUUGCCUUUUCAUUUUGGUUUAACCCGUUCCACUUUCUCCAAGAAGAGGCAACACAUCAUAGACUGUGAGACUCCAUGAGAAGUGCCCAAGACUGACCUUCAGCAAUCUGUUUGCUCUGGCUGCUGUACAGAUGAUAAAGCAACUAAAUAUAAACCAGGCCUCAUGCGCUCUGAUAGUAAAAGCAUACUGUGUUCUGCAGUCCAGAUUCUGUAAGCAAGUCUGUAUGUAUGAAACUCUUUCACUGUGGUUUUUAUCGGAAUAAGGUGCUUAUUAUGUGAAGGAAUGCUAUUUAUAGGCCUUCUAUUACAUACAGUAUGUGCUGGGAGGAGUUUUUGAACCUUGUGAAAUUGAGGGACUUGUUUCUAGAAAGUCCUUAGUAUUAGAAGUUAUUAGAAGCAUUGACUAAGACAUCUGGAUUGUAUUCAUAUCACCACAAGAGGGCAUCCUCUUUUUCGUUACAUGUAAGAACAUUUGCGUAUGUUUCCAUUAUCAGAUUCAUAGUUGCCUCACUCAAUCCCAGUUUUCACUAAAGUGAUGUCAGGAAUUACUUAAUUAAAUAUGAUCAUAAAUUGAAAGACUUAUUUAGACAAAUUUAGCCGUAUUGAAAUACACCAUGAAAUGUUGAUUUCAAAGUAUUAAAUAGCAGUCGUUUGACAGUAUAGCAAUAUAUCUAUUUUUGUCUGCAUAUCACUUUUGCUAAUGAGAUCCGGUAAAUAUUCUGCUUGAUGUUUAAAGUACAAUCAUUGUCUCAAUAUAUAAAAAUGUGAUUAUUGGAUGUUGUCAAAGGACAGAAUGAUUAGCUUGUGGUUGUCUUUAUGCAUAUGUUAAAUCAUAUUGUUUUAAGUGCCGAUGAUUAUAAACAGAAUGCUUUUUUUUUUCUCCAUUUGUUGCAGUAUUUAUAAGAGCGUUUGUGGAACAGACCAAGACAUUUGCGUUUGUAUUUUAAUGUUUUUGUGCUUGUGUUUUUGUGCAAAAUUUAAUAGGAUGAUAUAUAAAAUCAAAAACACACUUCUCA